CGACGAUGCGACUUCUUGAUCUAAUGUAGCACAUGUGGAAGCUGUUGUAGCACACAUCCGGAAGGGGCGACUGCGUCCAGAGUUUCGUCAUGGCUUAUUCUAGGUUUGAGUGCAAAGUCACAGCAUCGCUGUUCAUUAUUUGGGGAAUUCUUUUGUUAUCGACUCCGGUCGAUUGUUUCGCGGUCUCCCGAAAGCAGAGGGGUCUAUUCUCGAGAGCUCCAUUCCCUCGGGCGUUACGGAAAACGAGAUUUCCUACCUUGUUCACCUUGGAAUCGACUGAUACCGGUACGCGCGUCUACGCUGCUCUUUCCGAUUCCAGCAACGGCGACAAACCGCUCUUUACUCAAGUUAUUAGUGACGUCGACGAUACACUCAAAUCUUCGGGUGGAGUCAAUGUUGCGGGCGUCGCCUUGGGUGGAAUCGAUGUUCAAUAUCCCCGUGGUGAAAUGUAUCCUGGUGUGGCCGAAUUCAUGCUACAAAUGAGUUUGGGAGUAGCCUCGUCACCAACAGUAUCCAAUCCUGCCCUUGCCGUCGCCCCUCCCAAAAUUGCCAUUCUAACCGCUCGCGCCGAAGAAUUCAAAAUUGCUUUGCAGCUGAAGGAUGAUUCGCCCUUGGUAAUGGCUCUGCGCCAGGCAGGCGAAACGGCGGGGGUUAGCAAUUGGGGCGUGGGACCGGUGUUGUACGGUAGCGUGGCGGAAUGGAUCGCGCAGGACCGUAAGGGGUUUCGGAAGUUUACUAAUUUUGAGCGACUCCUGCAACAGGAUCCAACCGGAAUCAUAUUCCAGUACGUGUACGUUGGCGAUACUGGCGAACUGGACCAAGAAGCCGGUGAAACCAUGUUACGCGAAUAUCCGGAAGUCGUCAAAGCCGUCUUUCUACACGUAGUGGCCGACAAAAUUGGGUCCGUAACGGUGCCGCCACCCAAAAUUAUUAACGGACGACCGGUCAUUUUCUUUCGAACGUACGUUGGAGCCGCCGUGGCGGCAGUGCAACUAGGAUUUAUGAGCAUGGAUGGACUGGAUAGUGUAAUUGCGGCCUCCUGUCAGCGAUUGGCAGACGUCCCGCGAGAAAGUGACAAGUGGGCUGACCUGGAACGAGAUAUUGCUCGCGCUCAAGCGACUUUUGUAUUUUAGAAGACCCGCAGAGACUCGGAGAUGCCGCUACAGUCUAUACAAUCCAUCGGGUGCGCACAAAGGCAACUAAAAUACAGCGUCAUACGAUUUUAUUACAAAUAUAUAUAUAU